AUGUCACGCCCAAUCCUAAUCAUCGGCGGCGGGCUAGGAGGCCUCUGCCUCGCCCAAGCCCUCAAAAAGCACAACAUCCACUUCAAGCUCUUCGAAAAAGAUGCAGAAAUCGACUUCCGCCCUCAAGGGUACAGACUCCGCGUCAUGGAACACGGUAUCUACGCCCUCCAGUAUGCCCUAACACCAGAACUAUAUACCCUCUUCGAGCAAACUUGCGCCGCCGCUAUCGCAUUCGGCGUCCAGGUCAAAGCAGACGGGUCACUCGUGGACGAUACAACCCGUAUAGGGCCCCCUCCCCUGAAGGGCCCUAAGCCAUAUACAGUCGACCGGACGACAUUCCGGAAGGUCCUUCUCACGGGGCUAAAAGACGACGUGUUUUUCGGCAAGGCACUUGAUCACUACACGCUCCACAAUGAUGGUGUCUCAGCCCAUUUCACAGACGGGAGUGUCGAGCACGGCGCGCUACUAGUUGGUGCAGAUGGUGUGGGAUCGCGCGUUCGCAAGCAACUUAUCCCCGGUUUCAAGGUCAUUGAUACCGGCAUGCGCUCAUUGUACGGGAAGACGCCCAUGACGCCGGAGUUUCUCGAGCGGUUUCCGCAGGAGUACCAGCGGGGCAUGAAUAUUGUCAUUGAUGAGCGUGUUCCGGGGCAGCAGAAGACUAUGCUUUUUGAGGCUACGUGGUUUCCGAAUCUGGAUGGGGUUUCGGAGCCGGAACUCCCUAGUCCGUAUGUGUACUGGGUUCUUGGGGCGCAUUCUUCGACAAUACAGGUUCCGGAUGAGAAGUUUUUGUACCUUGAUAAUGAGGAAGCUGCGGAUUUGGCGGUCGAGCUUACGAAGGAUUGGAGUCCUGGGCUGCGGGCUAUUUUUGAUAUGCAGGGGGCAGAGCAGACGUCGACUCUGCGGAUCUCGUCCGCUCCGUUGGAGAUUCCUGCCUGGGGGGUUUCGCCGCGGGUGACGCUGCUCGGUGAUGCGAUUCAUGUUAUGCCACCGACCGGGGCGAUGGGUCUGGUCACUGCCCUUAGGGAUUCAGCGGAACUAGCGAGGAAGAUUGUUGAGGCUGGUGGUGUUGACAAGGUUGAUCCGAAGGUUAUUGGUAGUUAUGAGAGUGAGAUGAGGGAGUUUGCGAAGAUGGCUGUUGGAAGGAGUUGGCAAGGUGGUCUGAAGACGUUUGGCCUUCGGCCAGUUGAAGAGUGUGAGAUGGUUGACUUGUAA